ACACUAGCCAAAACCUCACGCAAUAUUCACAUAAAACAUUAGUGGCUGAGGAUAAAGUGAUUCAACAGACUCCGUCCACAGUACAGCAGAGGGGAGCACAGGAAGCAGAUCCAGGUUUAGCCCUUUGCCUCCUAGUCAGGGGUCCACAGUCCCCCAUGAAGUGGUUGGAUAUCCAGUUUAAACUUUUCUUGCAGUUCUAGUAUAUUCUUCCUCACUAUUGAAUUAAACACUUAAUGUAAAAGGUAUACUGACCACAAAGUGUAGCGUUUUAUAGGAAAUAAAGUCAUUUUAAGUUAAAUUCAGCAGACAUGUUAAUUGGAGGGCAUAAGUUAUUAUGGAUAAUUCUAUACUUAUACAUUUAAUUCAUCAAACGUAUAGGGCCUAUAAGCUACAUUUUCGGUUGAAUGAAAAAACCUAUGUAAAAUGUUGUGUCUGUUAUCUAGAAUCUGAAUGCCUGGGCAGUGGCUAAUGAAGAGUGACUGUAUUCCACUAAGGAAAGGCUGAGGCAGAAAUUACACAAAAAACAUCUAGGAGGGGUUUCCUUCCUGUUUCAAACAUUCCUUUAGGCACUAGAGUGCUUAAGGUUUUGCAUCCCAGCAUUUUGGCUCACACAUGAAAUCAGAUCCUAUAGAGUAAACAGUGACCUGGAGAAUGGAUUCUUACAGAUUACUUAUCUUGUUCAUCAUUUUAGUCUCCUUCCAAGUUGGACAUACACUACGCUGUGCAUGCAAAGAAGAUUUAAGAACUUGCACAAGUAUUCAUACCAUGCAAGCCAACUUUAAAACCGCCAAGAAGAUCUGCAUGGAAAAUGGAGGUAAAUUAUUAAUGUCAUCCAGUAUAGAUAUGGACAGUUUUCUUUUCAACAAAACAGGAAACUUCUGGAUUGGUGAAGAAGGUGAUUGUUUGGGCAGCAGCAGAAAAUCUCGAAGUAAUAAUGUGACACUGAACAGAGGAGGGGACGAUACGGGGUGUUCCUCUCUGUGCAUGUCAGUUUCUAGCAACGGGAACUUAACUGAGCGCUCGUGUGUGGAAGAGGCUGACGGCUUUUUGUGUGCCGGGAUUCAGUGGGAAACCUGCUGGGAGCUAAUCACAGUUGAAGUGCAAAUUCUGAAUAAGAAAGUUUGUAGACGUGAUACAUGUGAACAUAAUUGUAAAAAUGUUCCUGGAGGCCAUAUGUGUUCCUGCGAUCCGAAGUUUAGGCCAAGCCGGAAAGAACCUAAACGUUGUGAGUACUUCUGUGAUUCUUCCCCAUGCUUGAGGCUGUGCCCCACGUGUGACUGUCCUAAUGGCUUCAUCAAUGACGAAAAACAAUGUGCAGAUAUAGACGAGUGCAAUUCAAAUCACAACAACUGUGGACAAAAAUGCAAAAACUUGAUUGGACAUUACAAGUGCUCUUGCAAUGAAGGGUUCAUGUUGGUAAACAAAUCUCAAUGUCUUCCUAUUAUAAAACCUACUCCAUUAGCUGCAGCAUUUGUUACUGCACCCGUAAAUUACACAUUAAAUCAUGCAGCUUUUCUGACUUCAGGAGGGUAUAUUGGUUUUACACUGUUUAUCAUGCUGAUUAUAUCUGCUUUGAUUGGACUUCUGUAUUAUUUAAGAAAAAGAAAAUUAGGUGUACUUUUUAAAAAUAGCAAUGCUCCAGAAGUAGAGUUGUGAAACUUCUUUUCUCGUUCAUGCCUAGUAAUAACUUCUUACUGUAAGUGACAUUGUUUCAUUUUCAAUUUGUUUGUUAAUUUACAUAACAUUUGGAAAUACUGUUAUUAAUUUCUUACACUUAUGAGCUCAUAUUAUCCAUGAAUAAAAUGAUGGUCAUCUUAAACCUAUUUACAAAUAAAUUACAGAUUUUUGCAGUUACAUCAAAAAAUGUGUUGGAAUGUUUAUGUCAUAUUGAAAUGACGAAUGAUGGAUAAUGCUGUAUACCAAAGUACCCAGACACCUUAUAGUAUUUGAAUAACAGUAAAGGAUACUUUACUGAGCAAUAAAGUAAACCAUGAAAUAACUACUUACAUAAUAUUUGAUAUUAUGUACUUAAUGUAAUACAAAUUACAAAUACUUUAAAACAGGGAAAAUUUAGGACGUUUACUCUGUUGUGGUUUAAUAAUUUGUAUACAUUUAGUUCAGACCAAACAAUCAGAUUAAACAAGAGGCAUUGAACAAUAACACCACUAUGUAUUAGUCCACAUCCCAGGUGUUCUACUAUUGUUAUAAACACUAACUAUCUGUUGCAGCACAGGUGAAUGUAGGUCUGUAUGGUCCAUCAUACUGAGGAGAGAGCAACUGCCAAAAAACACAUUUAAAACCAGAAGCACUUUCAGCAGGAAAAUACAUUUGAUAUGUCAUAAAAAAAAUAAAAUAAAGCUAAGUAACUCCUAACAAAAGGCUGAGAUCCAAAUCACUCUCCAAAGCCUGAUCAAGGAUGUAUGGAUGGAUUGUAUACCCUAGUGCACCAGCUUUCCAUGUAACACCAUUUGGGAUUCAACCCUGGAACCUCGAGGUUAAAGGAGCUGAUUUUCUCAAAAGGGAUAAAUUGAAACAUGAUGAAAAACUUAUUUAUAGUAUUGUCUAAUACCUGCAUGUUUCCUUCUCUCCUAUAGUUCCAGUAAGAACCUGUUAAUUACAUUAACUGUUGCCCAACAGCUCCGCCAGUGUUGGCAGAGCAAAAUAACUGCUUAAAUAAAAAAACAAAUCAUAAUCUGUUGAUAAUUAAUGGUGUUUGCAGAAUCAUUGUAAAAAAAUUCAAUAUAAUAAUAAAGUGCUGUGUUGCUGGAUAUAGCAUGGCUGUGAUGCCUUCGGCAUAGAUCACUUCGGAUCAAUUCGCUUUCUUUUAAACUGUAAAA